CAGUUUCUGCCUCCUUAUCCUCAAAUUCAACACAAUCUCAUCGUCUUCUUCAUUCCCUCUUCACCACCACCUCCAUUAAACUCAAAAUCUGUCAGCAAAUGUAUGCAUGAAUUCACUUUUCAUGUGUACCACCACCAUCACAUGUAUGCAUCUAUACCGUCUGUAGCACAAAACAUGUCCUGUUUGCUCCCCCAAUUCAAGUGGGUCCCCGAUUCCUUCUCUGUUCAAUUCAAAUCCCACAAUCAUCACUCUUCAAACCUUCCAAGAUGCAGAGGGCCUGUUUUUUUCCUGACUCGGUGCAUUUUAUCAACCACAGCGCCACCUGUAUCAACCGAAUCUACAGUUCUUAAAUUAGAGAAGUUACAAUUAUCAUCUUUAGAAGUUCGUUCAGAUUCCGCUGCUGCUGACAGACAAUGGUCCUCAUCAUCAUCGACAACAACAACAACUGGAGUGCUCGAUAUCGAAAAGUUCAAGCUACCAUCAUUAGAUUCUCAUGCAAAUUCAAGUGCCGGUAGUAGCUCAUGGGCCAAUGAUAGUGCAGUAGGUCAGGUAAACAAAGGAACAACUUUACCUUCAGAACUUACCACAAGCGAAUGUGUUGCGGCUGCUGAAGCGAUCGCUUUAGCAAGGGCUGCGGUUAAGGUUGCCAAGAGUGCAGCCGAAAUGAUGAUGAAUCACCAGCGCCCCAAAACAUUAGACACUAACGAAAAACCAAAAUCACCCGAGCCCGAUAACACCAUAGACGGGAUUGGGUCACAAAUCUCCGAAGAAACGGAACCAACAUCUGAAGAACUCAAGCUUCUAGAAGAACAGCUAUCGGCUAGCAUAGCUGUGAGAUCAAAACGUCAAGUGGAACGGAAAGAACGGAGGAUCAGGGCAGCAGAAAGGGCUGAAGCCAGUAGCGUGUCGAUGAAAUCUAUGGGUGGCAGAGGGCGGGGUGCCGCCAGUACAGUGGCGGUGAAGCCUGGAGCGAGUAGAAGACGUGGCGAUAAAAAGGACGUUUUUGCUUUUUUGGGAGGAAUGACUAAUGCCAAGCUUUUAACUGCUGCCGAGGAAGUCGAACUUUCUAAAGGGAUACAAAGCCUACUGAAAUUGCAAGAAGUCCAUAAACAGCUGGAGGCCCGUUUUGGGGUGCCACCGACUUUUGCAGAAUGGGCUGCUGCUUUAGGCAUCGAUCAGAUACAAUUAGGUAGACGUUUACAUUAUGGUGAAGAAUGCAGGGACAAAAUGAUCAGAAGCAAUAUUCGACUUGUUAUAUCGGUCGCAAGAAGUUAUUAUGGAACAAAGGUCCAUCUUCAGGAUAUUGUUCAGGAAGGAAUCCGAGGCCUGGUGAAAAGUGCAGAGAAAUUUGACGCUUCAAAGGGUUUCAAAUUUUCGACAUACGCGCAUUGGUGGAUAAGGCAAGCGGUCCAAAGGUCGCGUGCUGAACAAAGCAGGAUAAUUCACGUUCCGUAUUAUAUGGUGGAGGUGCAAUCUAAGGUGAAUGAAGCCAAACAUCGAUUGGAUAAGGAGCUUGGAAGAAAACCUACUCGUGCGGAAAUCGCAAUCGAUACGGGCCUUUCCGUUAAGAAGAUUCAAUCUGCCGAACAAGCCCCUAAGCCCGCCCGAUCUAUUGAUAUUCCUAUCGGGUUUGAUAACAAGACCAAGCUCACGGACCUUAUUGAUGAUCCGGACCAAGAGACACCCGAGGAGGUAUUGAUAAGGCAAACUAUGUCCGAAGACUUAGGUAAAGUGUUGAGUACACUAAAUGAAAAAGAGCAAAAAGUGAUUAGGUGGCGGUUCGGGCUAGAAGAUGGUAAAACAAGGACAUUGCAAGAGAUUGGGGAUGUAAUGGGUGUGAGCCGUGAGCGGGUUAGACAGAUUGAACUUAACGCGUUUCGCAAGUUAAGAAACACAGAUAGAGCCGAGACCCUACGCCAAUACUUGCCUCAAUAGGUUUUACGAUAUAUGCAAAUGUGUAUAGGGAAACCGUCUACACCAAAAUGGGUCGGUCAAGUGAGUGUUUUUGCUUGACUUGAGCCGGGUUUGGUGACUUUUCUGUUGACUCGGACCGGGACCUUGUUAGGAGAUGAUUAACAUUACAGGUUAUGCAAGACCCGGGUAUUUUUUCUUUUUUUCCCCUUAUUUAUUUUAUUUUAUUUUUAUUUUUUUUGCUUCUUUUGGUAAUAUUAUCAGGAUGUUUGGUUGGUUUUUUAUUCAUGCAUACAAGGAAAAUGAUUUUGUUUGGUUC